AAGCGUUCUUUCUCCAUUUGUUGACUGACAUAGGAACCCUAGCAUUUUUGUGUUGAUUUAGAGUUAUUGGGGUACCACACUCAUGAAGAUCUACCGUUAUACCCUCUCCGCCAUCGGAAUCGGCGUCGCCAUCAGCAUCUCCAUUCUCUGCGCUACUUGAGCAUUUCAUUUCUAAUUUUCCAUUUCCAUUUCUAUUUUUCGUUCUUCUCAUAUUCGAAUUCGCAUGAAGGGGGAUUUACUUAUCCGGUAGUAGCUUGAUCGGUGCCGCAAUCAAAGCUCUCAGAAUUCUUUCCAACUCCCAAGAAUCUCAUUAGCUUUGAAGAUUGAGAAUGCGCAAUCUCACAGCAACUCGUUCCUUCGGGGUUUUGGGGAGUUCACCAAUCUUUGGCCCCAACAAGCUUGCUUUUGUUACUCUCAAGCCUCUCUCCUCAGCUUCCACAGGAAGAUCUCCAACUUUGAUUCAAUGCACUCUUCGAUUCCGGCCCUGCAUUGACAUACAUAAGGGGAAAGUGAAACAAAUUGUUGGGUCGACCCUUCAAGAUUUGAAGGGGGAUGGUGAAGGGUCAGAUCCUGUGACCAAUUUUGAGUCUGAUAAGUCAGCAGCUGAGUAUGCCAGUCUUUACAAACUAGAUGGACUAACCGGUGGUCAUGUAAUCAUGCUUGGAGCAGACACUUUGAGCAAAGCUGCUGCCUUUGAAGCAUUGCAUGCUUAUCCCGGCGGUCUCCAAGUUGGAGGGGGAAUAAAUUCUGACAAUUGUUUGAGUUACAUUGAGGAAGGAGCAAGCCAUGUCAUUGUAACAUCUUAUGUAUUCAACAAUGGACAAAUGGAUCUUGGACGGCUAAAAGAUCUUGUUCGAAUUGUUGGAAGAGAGAGGCUUGUGUUGGAUCUCAGUUGCAGAAAAAAGGAAGGUAAAUAUGCAAUUGUCACUGAUAGAUGGCAGAAGUUCAGUGAUGUGUCACUUGAUGCCAAAGUAAUGGAAUUUCUUGCCAACUUUGCUGAUGAGUUUCUGGUUCACGGUGUUGAUGUUGAAGGGAAGAAGUUGGGAAUUGAUGAAGAGCUUGUGGCUUUGCUUGGCAAAUAUUCACCGAUUCCUGUUACCUAUGCUGGCGGUGUGACUGUAAUGGCGGACUUAGAGAGGAUAAAAACAGCUGGAAUGGAGCGUGUGGAUGUUACCGUGGGCAGUGCCUUGGAUAUUUUUGGGGGGAACUUGGCUUAUAAAGAGGUUGUAGUUUGGCAUACCCAGCAACAGGCCUCCAUGGUUUAAUUAGUAUGAUUGAGAUUUGUUGGGGGGUGGGAGUGUGGUGGCAAGGACUUGUUUAAUUGUUUAUCUAAAUGUGUAACCAUGUAUCCAGUGAUCUUUCUAUCAAUAUUUUUGUGGUUCUAGCAUUUUCCUCUUUCAUUAACUUGUCCUGGGAUUUGGACGUGAUCAUCAUCUACAACCAAACUUAUUCCCUUCUUUGUGCUGUGUGUAUAAACAGUGUUAUUAA